UUACACUGUGCCUUGAUCUGUGUCAGCAGAUGGAGCAGGACCUUCAGGAGUUCUGCAGCUUCCUCACGGCAGAAGGAGAAUCACUCCUGGCAGAGUCUGUCUAGCUUGCAGCUAGAAUAUGACAUCAUUUUAGGAUCUCAGUGCCAAAAAAGACAACAAUAAACUGGGGUGUGCUCAUGAAGGGCCACUGAGGCAGCUGGGGAGCCUGAUUAGUGUGGCUUCAUUGGGACAGUGUGUUUAGGGAGGAAAGGUCUCAAUACUGAUUUUCCUGCGGCACGGGAGAAACACAAAGCCCUCUGACAGAGCAAAGAGCCUUAUUUCCCUGGGCAACAAAAUGAACCACGAGAUUCUUCCCUUAGUGUAGGAGUGGGACUCAAGUGUGUGAAACCACACCUUAAAUUCAGGGUAGAAUCUCAGAGCAGGUUGCACUUUUCCCCUCACCCACUGGUGACCUCUCUGAGGACCAUUUCUAUUACAGGACUCUCAGACCACUAAGAGAUUUUUGCAUUUAUGAUAUCUUUAUAGCUGUUGUAAAAAAUGAGCCCUGAUGUCCUUGGGGAUGAGAAGCUCUCUUUCACCUCCGGGUGGCACUGCUUAAAAACGCUUCUGUUUGCUUUAAAGAUCUCUGUAGAAACUGUCCAUGGCACGUUUCACAACUAGAGCAGCUGGCAUCAUCAUGCACAACAGAAAACCUGGUAGGGCAAUAGCACUUGGAACACUCUGUGGCUGAAAUAUGUGUGAGCAGAAAGAAGCAGUAUCCAUCACUUACACACUGUCUGUCUGACUUUGGCUUUUCUCUCACCUAUUAUAACACUUCAAGGAUUGUGGUUGCUAGCAACUUCUUUCCAGAGUACCAGAUUGCUGCCAAAAUGAGUGAAACACCUUCCAGCAGUUACUCAGCGAAUCAUGCAAACUCCUCCGAGAGCGAGCAGAGUUUAUCCGCGCGCCAUUUCAACAUUACCGAACCUGUUGUGGCAAAACGGAUUUGUUUCUAUAAAAGUGGAGAUCCCCAGUUUAAUGGGAUCAAAAUGGUUGUUAAUAGCAGGUCUUACAAGACGUUUGAUGCCUUGCUGGAUAGUUUGUCCAAACGGGUCCCGUUACCUUUUGGAGUAAGGAAUAUUAGUACACCAAGGGGGAGACACAGCAUCACCAAUUUGGAGGAUCUGGAAGAUGGAAAGUCCUAUAUUUGUUCCCAUCAGAGGAAAAUGAAGCCCAUCAACCUGGAACAGGCCAGCAAAAAGCCACUGCCCUGGCAGAUCAGCAGGCCUGUCAGUGCUCGUCGGCGAGCUGUGCAAUUAGCAAGGCAGAAUGAAGAUGGGUUUGGCCAUCGAGAAAGCAGAAUAACAACUCCCAAAAAGAUGCUUGUUUUCAAAAACGGGGAUGUAAGACUUAGGCGCACCGUAGUUUUGGGAAAGAAAAAUACACAAACAUUUGAGGCCUUUCUGGACCAUAUGAGUGAGUUAAUGCAAUAUCCAGUUGCAAAGCUCUAUACCACUGAUGGCAGAAAGGUUCCUAAUCUUCAGGCCCUGAUAUUGUGCUCUGGAGCUGUAGUCGCAGCGGGGAGAGAGCCUUUUAAACCAAGCAAUUAUGAAUCCCUUGGGUAUUUGCGACCUGCUAAAUUGCUUGGAAUUGGAAAUCGUGUGUACCCAAAAGCAAAUGCCAAGCCAGAAAGUGAAAAGAUGAGAGCUGAAAUGGACUCUAGUUCAAGAUCUCAGAUAUUCUCAGUUUCUUCUGAUAAAGGAUCCAGCAAUGAUAACAACUCAAAUGAUAACAACUCAGAUUCUUCUUAUGUUCUUGACAGCCAUAAUGGGAUAGGAGGAAAUAGGUCAGUUAUUGGUGAAGAAUUAUCUGUGGCACAGUAUCAAGAUGACAUUGAGAAGUCUGUCCACGUUAACCAAGAUGGCAGUAUCACAGUGGAAAUGAAAGUUCGAUUCAAAAUUAAAGAGGAAGAAACCAUUAAGUGGACAACCACCGUAAGUCGUGCUGGCCUUUCUGAUGACAAAAAUGUCUCCAUCUGCAAUUCUUCUGCAAUGCAUGUGGGAGACUGCUCAUCCAAAGUAAAUACAUCAGACUGUAGAAAUCCAAAAGAUGCUCCAUUUUUGAAGAGCUGCAAUAAAGAAGAGGAAGACUCAUUACAGCAAUCCAAUGAAGAAAUGUCAGAAAAAGAAUCAGAAUCUGAUUUGAAAACUGCUGAUUUUAAUGUCUCUGAGAAGAGCAAUUCUGCAGAUUUAGAUGUAAGCAAUGUACCCGAGGAAAAUAUCAAGCCUCGCUUUUAUAGGCCUCCCACCCCUGGGCCAAGGCGUGUUAGACAGAAGAAAGCAGUAGUUGAAAGUGUCACCUUGGUAUCUGAUAAAGAGGUUCAAGAGAAGACAGUAGGACAGUUUUCCUACAGUGAGGAAGUACAGAAUGGAGAAAAAACAUCUGAGUACUGCAUGGUAGCUCAUUCAAGCAGGAAAAAAUCAAGUGUCAGUAGUCCAAAGUUUAAUGAGAUGGGUGACAAUGGCUUAUUAAAGCUGUCUUCAGAAAAUGUAAAGGAAGAAAUGCUUUUUAAAGUAAGCCACAAAAGUAGUGAGCUAAUAGAAACCACAAACCGGAAGACAUUAGACGUGCCUAAUGAGGACGAAUUGGUACAGAAUAUAUUGGAGAAAUCAGUUGUGGAACAAGGUACAUACAGUAGUUUAGUGUCAACCUCCAAAGCCGACAUCAGUGGUUUCAUGUCAUCGUCAAAAACUUACCAGACAGCUAGGCCAGGUACAGCAGAUCACAUCCAUAAGUCAUGUGAUAUUAAACAAAUAAAAAGAUCAGUGAGUUCUUUCAUUACAUACUCAGAAUUGUGUCAGUCGAAAGAAGAAAUAAAAUGCCAAGUUGCUGAUUUAGUAGGUGUUUCUCAAGAGUCAGUGCAUUCAGCCUGUGCUGGACAUAGCCAGAUGACAAUGAUGGCACCUCCAUGCAGUAAGAGUCCUUCUGAGAAAGUAAAUCAAACAACUGGAUUCUUUCCUACUGUUACUGAAAGUGAGAAUCAAACCAGUGCCACGACUGAAUCUAUGAGGACAACACCCAUUGAGAACAAUGAGUCUGCAUCAUCCUUCACCAAAAAGAAAAAGAAGAAAAGAAAAUCAUCAAGCUUUCUAGACCAAGAUACAUAUGAAAAUCAAAAGCAUCAAGAAAUUUCAGGGAUAACUAGCAGUGAGGGACCACAUAUCUCACAGGAUACCACAAAAGAGGCUAUGGAUAAAUAUUCUGAAAUGCCUCAUAAAAAAGGAUCUGAAUAUUUUGUAAAAAACAAUGAUGGAUCUGCCAAUUCAGACAAAACCAUAAAUCCUGAAGAUGAUUUUGAUCACCAGGAUUCAGUGGAGCAAAAUGGAUCACCAUCAUCUAAUAAAAAAAAAGGAAGUAGUAACAAUAAGUUAGCCAAAGUAAAAUUGAAGUCAGGCAAAAAAAGCAGUAUAAUUUCAUCUGCAAAAAGUGAAGAUGGUCUAAAGACAGCUGAUUCGAACAACGAAUCUGAACACAGUCAGGGUACAUUUAGUACUGAGAAAGAAGGCCCACAUCUUAUGACCAGUUCUUUCAAGCAGACACCUGACUCAUCAGUGACUUCAAAGCCAUUGUCAGAAGUGCCAAAAUAUCUUACCUUUGAAAAAGAAAAGGAAAAGAAUAAUUUGGAACAUUUGCUAUCAAAGAAAGAGAAAAAGCAAAAGAUGAUGAAGAAAAAUCUAGGUAAAGGAGUAAAUAAGAAAAAUAUGUUAGAGAGUGUCAUUACACUAGAGACCCUAAACCAGGAGAAUUUUCAAGAGAAGGUUGCUGAGCAUUCACGUGAAAACUAUGUCCAAACUUGGCUGAAAAAUUCUUUCUCAAAUUCUGUCUUACCCCCUAUAAAGAAAAAAGAAGGGACUGUAGAGAAUAGCAAUGCCUGUUCUUUUCCUGAAGAAAAUAGUGAUACUUCUAUAGAAAAAGAAGCUAGGUUUAUCACAAAUAAUGUGCAUGUAACUGGGAAAACACAUUUACUUGAAGAUAAUCUAACAAAAAAACCUUUAAAGCCUAUUGGUAAAUUGAGAAUUUCAGAAGACUCAGCCAAAGAUUCAGAUGAAAGACAAACUGACUUUUUGAUUCAUUCUAAUACAUCUAUACUAGAAGAAGCCAACUAUUUGCUAAAGUCGGAAUUUCAUCAGGAUAGUAAGCUGCAUUUGUUUCAUGAAGCACAUCACAAUGACAAAAAGAUGACAGAAGUUGACAACCAAGUUACCAACCUAUGUCAAAGAAAAAAAUCUGAGGUUGCUGUUCAGGCUGAUUGCACAAUUGUAAGCGAGAAAAUUGGAAUUGAAGUUCAGAAUAAUUGCAUGUCUAACAUGUUGCUGCAUGAACUUCAGUCAGCCUUGCUUGGUCUGCAGAAAGGACAUAGUGGAUGCAUUGGAAAAUCUUGCAGCUUUUCGGAUCUUUCUCCUGCAGCUUUUGGUUCUUCCUCCAACGCCCUCUUAGCUUGGCUACUUUUACUGAAUCUGAGAGAGAGUUUGAUUGGGACAAUCACAGAUGAUAUGCAAAAAAAUGCCUGUAGCUGUUCUGAAAUAUUUACGCAGUUAAAAUGUCUGAAACAAACUGCAACUAUAGAACAAGCUGAUGAGCUGAAGGCUGUCUUCUCACAUCUCCAACAAUCAACAGAAAAUAACUUAGUACACUUCAGGAAGGAACUUGAAAAGCAGGGCUCCACACAUGACAAUGUGCCCACAUCUGAAAUUCCUAAUAAUACACAUUUGCAUGAACAUGAAGAAUUAGUUGAACCUUGUACUGUGAUGGACAGUGUAAAUUCUGAAGAAGCUCUAAAAUUAACUGGGGAAUCAGAAAGCUGUUUUGAUAUAGAGAAGGAUCUUUGUAAAGAAACAGAGGCUUUAGACAUGACUGCUCCUGAAACACUAGAUGGUCAAUUUGCCAAUACUAAUUCAAAUACCUGCAGCCUUCCAUCAGCUAUAGAGACACCAGAAAGAAAUGAAGAAAUGCCUGGUAACCUAUACGAAAAAACUCAAGAUAUAUCAUUCACUAAUGAAGAGUCAGAAUCUUCAGUAGAACCUAACUCCACAGUUCAUAGUGUAACUUCUAAUGAUAACAAUUGUAUUUUAGAUCAGGAUACUUCUGAGUUAGAAGGAGAAAAAGGUGUUGCACCUGUUAGUACUGAUAAAAGUGAAGAUGAGGAUGUUGAUCCAAAGUCAUCAGAUAUUGACCAAACCCUUAAAAACCAAUCUACACUAGAUGCUGAAACCUCUCUAGAAUAUAAUAAUGAGGACUAUUCUGUACAGGGAGACAAAGAAGAUGCAGAAAUAUCUGAGGAAACCUCUGAGAGGUUAUCUACAGUCUCUCCAUUAUCAUUUCGUUAUGAAUCAAAGCAAGUUACAGAAUGUGACAUGACUGAAGGAGAACAGAAAUUGCAAGUAGAAGAACUGGAGAAUAAAAUGUUUUCUGACAGCUCUCAAUUAAAAAAAUGCUUUAAAAGUCCUGCUACUUCAGACUGGUCAGAUUACAGACCAGAUACUGAAGAGAGUGAUAAUAACUUUAGAGCAUCCAGUGACUUGACCAAUGAAAGUGGGGAGGAAGCACUUGAAAAACAUUAUAAUACUGGCUAUGUCAAGAGAACUAUUGAAAGACUCUAUGGCAAGACAGAAUCUUCAUUUAAGCCCGACUUUCACAAAGGAUUUCCGUAUAUGUCGAAGGUAUUUCAAGCAGAUACUGAAGGAUUCCACUCUGCAGUGGGGGAAAAAAUAAUUUAUUUUUCUCAAGAAUCUAUGUCUUGUUCUGCACAGAGAUUUUCACAUUCCUCACUACCAUCACAAGAAUAUCCAGUAAAAGUAAACAAAGAUGACAGUAUAUCAAGGAGAGAAACUCCUUUACCAACACCACAAUCUGCUCUUAACAGAGAAGAGACAAGCUAUGCUAAUGACUGUUUAGGGGAAUCUCCAAAUCAACACUGUCAACCUAGCAUUCAGGCUAGUGAAGAUGAAGGAGUAUUGAUAGAUAAAGGCAAAUGGCUUCUGAAAGAAAAUCAUUUGAUAAGAAGGUCACCACCUGAACGGAUUGGAAUGUAUGGUAAUUUGGAUACAACAUCAAUUGAAAGUGAUGAAGUCCCAUACUCUCACUUUGGCAACCUGGAUCAGUACCCUGCCCUUGAUGAGAUCCCUUCUUCAGAACUUGAAGACAUGGUAAAACCCCCUGAAAAUUUUUGUAGCUACUUCAAUAUGCCUCAUAAUAGUGAUUCAGACCCCUUUCAGGAUGAGUCAAAUACAAAAGGCAAGCCUAGUCGCAAUGGCAAGAUCCUUCCUGCACCAAACAAAGACAAGACCAAUCCAUCAACCGUGGUAGGUUCUACUUCCACACAGGCUGACACCAAUUUUCCAGCCUUCUCAUCUGUAGAAUUUAGAUUGCCUGAUAACAAGGUGCAUCCUUUGGAAAAUCCUUCAAAUGCUGCACCCAUACAGUCUCAGCCAACUAGUGUUAGUAAUGUUGAGAGAAGUGCUCUUCGUGAAGAAGAUUCCCUUGAUAGACUCCAUGCAAUAUGUGGCCAACAUUGUCCAAUACUGAUGGUAACAGUAACACCAAUUAAUGAGGAACAGAGAGGGUAUGCCUACCAAAAGGCAUCUGAUAUUGAGAACCAGCUGGGUCCAUAUCUGUUGGCCAAAAAGAGCAAACAUUUAAAGUGGUCAGGUCAAGACCUGACAGACAAAAGUAAUUAUGUGACUUUGAAGAAUAACUCUAUCAAUAAAAUUGUCAGUAAUAUCUUUAAUAGGUUUUAUGCUGAUAAUACCUUAGAUUUUAUUAGUAACUUUGGGAUACUUGCAUCCUCAACUUUGAAAGACAUGAAUGUUUUAAGGGAGUUACAUAUUACAGAGGAUAUGUAUGCAAACCACAUGGAAGCUAGAAAUUGUCAAAAUAGUGUAUCCAAACACAUACCCAGUGAUCUUGUCACAGGCACAAAUACUGAGCUACCCAAUGGAAAGACAAAAAAAAGUCAAACUUUAAGAAUAAAUUUAAUUUAUAUUGUUGGAGAAAAAUGUUCUCCCAUGUUGGCAGAUUCAGCAGAAACCUGUCACUCUGAAACAUUUCUGAAGUGUGACACUUCCUUAAAUAGCACUGAACAUAAAGCCUCUGAAAAUCUGAAAAACAAAAAUGCCUUUCCUACAGAAGAAGACAAAGAAGAAGUAGUUAGCUCUUCUACAAUGAACAGUGGAAACAGUAGAGAUGAGAAAGACUUGUAAUAAAGGUCUUGGAAUUUCCAUUACAUUAGAUUAGUGAAAACAUCUUCAGAAAAAAAAAAUCACAUAAUAAGCUGCUGUACAGCACAACCCAUAAAACUCUCAGUGUGAAUAACUAGAUAAAAAUAAGUGACAAUUGUAUAUCAGUGCUGAAAUACAAACAUUAAUUAAUUUUUUAUGGGAACCACUAUAUGAAGAAAAGUUAUACUUCCAAGGCAAUGAUUUCUUGGCUAGGAAAUAGUUUUUCUGUGAAAUAUUAUCUUUUAAGAGGUAGUGGUGUACCAAUAAUCUAAUUUUAGAGAAAUGGCUGGUUGGCUGCUUUUUUUCAGCUGAGAACUGAAAUUUUAAAUACCUGCCCAAGAUUUAAGAUUUUGUAUUCCAGGACAUUUGAGAAGGAGUUUGAAAACUGCCUUUCAGUAGAAAUGCUUUUCCCAGAAGAAAAUCAACAGAUAUGUUUAAUUUUAAAUGAAAAGUAGGAAAUACUAUUCAAAUGCUGUAAUACACUAACGAGUAGGAAACAGAAGUCAUGUUAAUUUUAUGUACAUAUACAUUAUAAAAUUGCUGUUUGAGAUUUUAAAGGCCAGCUGCAGAAUAUGUAUGUAAGUAAAUAGAUUUUUCCGUGUAGGAUCAUCCAGACACCAAAUAAGGAGGCCUAUUUAACUCAGAGGACACUUGAAAUGAGGCAUAUUUAGGAACUGAGAACAGAGAUUGUUUGCAAUGGACUUCCUGACUGCUGUUGCCAUAUUUCCUUCUGAGACAGCACCACUUACUCUUUAAAUUGUUCUACAUACGCUGAAAGUUUUAGUUGUGUGUUCUAACUUAACCUCUGUCUGUAUUUUAGAGCUUAUAUUUGUGGUUUUGUUUUGGGUUUUUUCCUUUGUUUGUUUGAUUUAUUUUUUGUAAAUAUGUUGUAUUUUGAGAAUCCAAAGCAUAUGCAAUAUGUUCCAGGAUCUUUCAAUCAAUUGUUAGAGUUAUUUUGGAUACCUGUUUACAGCAUUUUUUAAUACUGCAUGUAUGUAGUAAGCACCUAUAUAUGGUUUACAAUUUUCAGUAAAUGAUGUAACACACAAAAUUGGAAAAUAUUUAAUGUAUAUUGUGAUUAGGGAGAAUGUUUCAAUUUUUUGGUUAGAUUUUAAUUCUUAAUACUGGACAGUACCCCUCUUCAUUGUUAAGGAAGGCAGAGGUAUACCUGGAAAAAGAAGGUGCUGCUUUUCAGGUAGAGAAUGAGAAUUUGGCCAUUCUGUACUCUUGAAGACUCUGUCUAGAAUAACUAGCAUGUACAUAAGCCCUGGGUCAUGAUCCUUUGGUUAUCCAGAUUGGGGACCUAAUAAAAGGCUGAUGUAAAUUCCUCUUGGCCCAGAGGCUUUGAUUGUGUCUGUGUGGGACUGAAGGCACGUGGAAGGGAAGUAGAAGUUGGAUGUGAAGCAAAAGGGGUUUGUAGUACAGGUAGGAAACCUAGCACUCAGUUUUUUUAGAAGUUUUUCUCCUAAAUGAAUGUUAUAUUUCUGUUUGAA